CGAAGCUAUGGUUACAUGGAAUUCUCAUGACAUCACAGAACUUUGGUUCCCCUUUUGUUCAUUCCGUAGUUUCACAAACAGAAUGACAGAGUAUCUCAAUGUUUCAAUGCAACCAGAAAGCAGCAAAUCAGGGUAAAGAAAUGUUACACUGCAGUCCCAGAUUACUCGCAAAUGGGUACUAUAAUCCCAAGGUCCCCACAAUUCGACAGAUCUGCUAUAAGGAGACCCCCAUCAGUAUCUUCAAGAAAAGGAAAGGGAAGUGCAGAGUGGGCGGGGCCUGUCACAACUUAAUUAGCGAAUUUAACAUGUGUGAUUUCCCGAGCCUGGAAAAACAAGGUCCCAUGGUGACAUCUGAAAUAUCUCCUCAGCAUGCUUCCCCACCCAGCAGAUGUUUUUUAGUUGUGAGGAAGAUGGUUCUUCUUCCCCUCCUCCUCUGCCUGCUGGGGUUUGGUGUUUGGUUUUGCUACAUGAGUGUUACUAAACAGCUGUUUCAGCCUGCAGAAUAUUUGACACAGGCCACAUAUAUACGGAAUCAAGCAGAUCUGCUUGAAGAGAUCAAGUUCCUGAAACUGACAAUAAGAAAUCAGAGUCUAGAACAAAAGGAAGAGUUCCAGAAACUGGCGAUAAGACAACAGAGGCUAGAACAAAAGGAUGUUGAAGAACUCAUACGCAGAUCUCUCAGCCGUUACCGAGCUGAUGGUAUUGGAAUGGCAGACUACGCGCUGGAGUCUAUAGGCGCCGCUGUGAUAGCCAGUACAGAGACCCAUAAAACUAAAUACUGCAAAGUGUUUGGCAUCAGUGUAUGGUGCAACAACAAUGGCCCUGAAACAGCUAUACAGCCGGAGGUCUCCCCUGGUAAGUGUUGGGGAUUUAAAGGUCAUCAAGGUUUCCUGCUCAUCUCUCUGCCCUACUAUGUAUGCAUCACCCACGUGACCCUGGAGCACCUGCCCCGAGUGCUCUCACCCAAAGGCCACAUUGGAAGCGCGCCAAGAGACUUUGCAGUUUAUGGAAAGGUUAACAAGAAAGAUGGAGGGAAACUUCUUGGAGAAUUCACUUAUGACUACGAUGGAGAACCGAUCCAGACCUUCGAAAUUUCGAACUCUUCGAAUGAGGCUUAUGGACUGGUGGAGCUGAGGAUCCUCAGUAAUUGGGGUCACCCUGAAUACACCUGUGUGUAUCGCUUUAGGGUCCACAGCCAGCCUGUCUGGUAAAAAAGGAAAGCUACAAUCAAAGGUUCAAACAAAAAUCCCAAAUAUAAUACAAAAUGAAAAUUUUAAUUUAUAUAUAUCUCAAAAUCAAUCAAAAUAAAAUAUAUUAAAAUAAAAUAUAUCAAAAUCCGUUGUCACCCAGAUGAGGAUAGGGCUGCACAAUUAUGGCUAAAAUGAUAAUCCCGAUUAUUUUGAUCAAUAUUGAGAUCUCGAUUAUUUAUCACGAUUAUUCAUUGAUUUUAGGGACAACAUUUUUAUUGCAUUUUCACAUUUAAAUAAACAGACCACUGCUUUCACCUCCAUGUUGUGCUACAUUCCUGCUAAUGUACAAAUCUUUGCAUGAAAUUAGACUGAUCCUUAAAGUGCAUCAUCUCGUAGAAGCAAAAUAUAAAUAAAAUUGUACCCAAAAUAUAGGAUAAGUAAAAAUAAAAAUACCAUCAACCAAAUGAAAAUAUGCAUCAAAUAUAAUGCAUCAAAUAUAAACAACCAAAUGAAAACAAUUCAGGUGUAUGCAGAAAAGGUAAUGAUGUUUACAGGAGGAGAGACGCAGACAAAUCACUCCAUAGAGUGGUGACACGGGUGACGUCAUUUUGUACCGAAAUCCAGAAGUUAUCAUCACACCGGUUCCCUCGACAAAAACCCAAUAGGAUUUUCCCAUAGGCUUUUGGAUUAUUGCAAAAAAAAAAAAACAAGCUCUGUGAUCAACAAAAAUUUACAACACUAACACGUUCUGUCCAUCAAGAUAAUUUUCACAAAUCAACACAACGUUUAUGAAGUUUGAAGCCUAAAUCCAAUUGGCAGAAAUAAAAAGCUAACCGUACGCUAUAAACAAACUACACCACGGUUGCUUGACUUCAACAUCACCAUCACCAAGCUUCCGACUACUUCUCCAAACUUGAUUUAAAACAUUUUCCAUAAUACGGAUUUCUCUGUUCAUCCACGUUUUUUUGGGGGGAAAUUGAGAACCAGUUUCAGGGCCUUAUGGUAACAAUUUGUUGACAAUUACAAAAAUUUUGGAGCACAGUUGAAGUUUAGGUUUAUUAUUAUUAUUAUUAUUAUUAUUAUUAUUAUUAUUAUUAUUAUUAUUUUAGAGAUGGUAACGUUAAUGUGCCACAAUAAAACACACGAGUAGGCAUGAGAAAACUUGAGCUUGUCAAUUAUGACAGAAUUUAGGAACAUAGUGUGAGCCAUGACACAUUAAUUUACCUUCUGAUAAACUAAAUUUAAUAUUUUCAGUUAAUUUUACAGACUGUAUGCAAAAAAAAAACCCUGUUAACCUGUUCUACCUUGUAAACAAAUACAAUAAACCUCAAUGUUCAGUC